CUCCCUGAGUAGGUUUGGACAUUCAAACUUUCAGCCUCAUCACAGCGUAGGAAAGGAGAGAGAAGGAUAGAACGAGUUCAGACGAAGUCUUUGGAGUAGGCUAUGAAGACGCUCACGUUUGCGGGUUUGCUGUUGGCGCUGGGGUUUCUUGUCUGCGAAGGGGGUAAUCCGUGUUGUUCAGAGCCAUGCCAGAACAGAGGAAUUUGCACAGCUCUUGGAACAGAUAAUUACGAGUGUGAUUGCACACGCACAGGAUAUCAGGGACACAACUGCACAACACCUGAAUUCCUCACCUGGGUUAAAAUAUCACUGAAACCAUCGCCCAACACUAUCCAUUACAUUCUCACCCACUUCAAGGGCUUCUGGAACAUUAUCAACAACAUCUCAUUUCUCAGGGAUGCCAUCAUGAGAUAUGUGCUGACAUCUCGAUCCCACCUGAUCGAUAGUCCUCCAACUUACAAUGCGGAUUAUGGUUACAAAAGUUGGGAAGCCUAUUCCAACCUUUCCUACUAUACGCGCACCCUCCCCCCUGUGCCAGAGGACUGCCCAACCCCUUUGGGAGUAGCAGGUAAAAAAGAGCUACCUGAUGCUAAGCUGUUGGCUGAGAAGCUUCUAAUGAGAAGACAGUUUAUCCCGGACCCACAGGGCACCAGCCUGAUGUUUGCAUUCUUUGCACAGCAUUUCACUCACCAGUUCUUCAAAUCUGAUAUGAAGAAAGGGCCUGCUUUUACCUUAGCUAAAGGUCACGGGGUGGACCUCAACCACAUUUAUGGAAACGACCUAGAGAGGCAACACAAGCUCAGACUCUUUAAGGAUGGCAAGCUUAAGUAUCAGAUCUUGGAUGGAGAGGUGUACCCCCCAACAGUAAAGGAAGUGGGCGCUGACAUGCACUACCCUCCUCAUGUUCCCGACUCUCACCGCUUUGCUGUGGGCCAUGAGGCAUUCGGCCUGGUCCCUGGUCUGAUGAUGUACGCAACCAUCUGGCUACGGGAACAUAACCGGGUGUGUGAUGUGUUGAAGGAGGUCCACCCGGACUGGGACGACGAGAGGCUCUUCCAGACCACACGGCUCAUUCUAAUUGGAGAGACCAUCAAGAUUGUGAUUGAGGACUAUGUGCAGCACCUGAGUGGCUAUCACUUCAAGCUCAAGUUUGACCCCGAGCUGCUGUUCAACCAGCGCUUCCAGUACCAGAACCGCAUUGCAUCAGAGUUCAACACCCUGUACCACUGGCACCCUCUGAUGCCUGAUACUUUCCACAUUGAGGAGAAAGAUUACAACUAUAAACAGUUUGUCUUCAACACCUCCAUAGUGACCGAGCACGGCAUCAGCAGCCUUGUGGAGUCGUUUACCAAUCAGAUUGCUGGACGGGUUGCCGGUGGUCGAAAUGUCCCAGGACCUAUCAUGUACGUGGCCGUUAAGUCCAUUGAAAACAGCAGACAAAUGCGCUACCAGUCUCUGAACGCCUACAGGAAACGAUUCUCCAUGAAGCCCUACAGCUCUUUUGAAGACAUGACAGGCGAGAAAGAAAUGGCCGCAGUGCUUGAGGAGAUGUACGGACAUGUCGAUGCUGUGGAGCUCUACCCGGGUCUGUUGGUGGAGAAACCCAGGUCUAACGCCAUCUUUGGGGAGACCAUGGUGGAGAUGGGGGCUCCUUUCUCCCUCAAGGGCCUAAUGGGAAACCCCAUCUGUUCCCCGGAGUACUGGAAGCCAAGCACAUUCGGAGGCAGCGUGGGUUUCGACAUCAUCAAUACCGCCUCCCUGCAGAGGCUCGUCUGCAAUAAUGUCCGGGGCCCCUGUCCCGUGGCAUCCUUUCAUGUGCCCGACGUUAAAGACACGGGUUCCAUGAUCAUCAACUCAAGCACAUCCCACUCACGUGGUAGUGAUAUCAACCCCACAGUCAUUUUGAAAAAAAGGACUACUGAGCUCUGAGCUUUUUUUACUU